UGUGAACAAUUAGAGGAUCAUCAGCGCCGUUUGGUUGAUCUGGAUCACCAGCUUGUUGAGAUGACUGCUAAGAGAUCUCAGUUGUCUCAGAUUGGAUUGGGACAAUCAACUAGUGGUUCUAUGGCUUCGUUAACCUCCACCACAGCUGCUACUAGUGGACUACCGACUUCUGGUUCUUCUGGCCCCAGUGCUUCUGUGGUGCCUCUCAUUUCCGCCCCUGGAAUGUCGGGCCCUGAUGCUAACGAAUUGCAGACUGGUACUAACGCAAACACUGGCACUCACUCAGAUGAAUCAGAUGCGAUCGCAGCCCCAAUCCUUGAUUCCGCUCAAACAUCUCUUCCCUCUACCCAACCUAAUAUUGCCGUCACCGCUCGGCCACCUAUACCGCCCGGACUCAUCAACGCUGGGCAGGCGGCUGCUCCAUUGCCAACGCAUACACCCACAUCUAAUAGCUUAGUAAGUUUGGCUGCGGCUGCAUUCUCUACGGGCAGUCUGGGUCGCCGACGUAAGGACAGCAGUGGCACACCUGCUUCCAGCAGCCUUUCUUCAGCAAGUCUCACUAGUCUUCUUCAAUUGGGGUCUGUAGAGGGCUCGGCGGCUACUGGGUCCUUGUCGUCUACGGCAGCAGCCGUGCGGCAGCGGCAGAGCCUGCUUGUCGAGCUAGAUGAACGGAUACAUUUUGUCGAAGAUUCAGGAUUAAUUGAAAAUUGA